UUGAUGUGUCAGCUCCGCGGGGGUUUGGGAAAAAACCGCGGCUGAAAGCGAGGGGUCUUCCCCCAUCUCCGCUACUGUCUUUCCCGCCUACUUUUGGUCUGGCGGACUCCACCAUGGAGAAGACGGCCCCUGAGCCGGAGCUCCAGAAGCCUCGUUAGGGUGCGGCCUGAGGCUUGGAGAAGUGGGAUGUAAAACGAAGAUCAGAAGCAUAUUUGAAGAAAUGCAAAGUGAAUUGGUGCCAGUCAGUAUGUCAGAGACAGAGCAGCACAUAGCCUUUGUUUCCUCUGAUAAAAAUAUUGGAAAAGAAUCUGACUUAAAGGAAGACUCAUGCAACUCAUUUUCUGGUGAUGAAAGCAGCAGAUUAGAAAUUGAAUCCAAACUGUUGUCAUUAAACUCUGAUAAAAUUUUAUGUCAACCUAAUGAACACAGUAAUCAAAUUGAAGUACAUGAAAAUUAUAUUACAGAUCAUGGUGGAGAUGAGGAUUCUUGUGUUAAAACAGACAAAUGCUCAGAAAAUUCUGAACAAACAGUUAACUUUCCUAGUGGAGAUUUUGCAAAACAAGUAUCAAAAAUGAGUGAAACAGAACAGACAGUGACUCAACUAUUGGCAGAAUUAAGGUCAUCUACACUUACAGAAGCUGCUAAUCAAAAGACUUAUUCAGCAAGUCCUUAUGAUACAGACUGCACCAAGAAACUUAUUUCAAAGAUAAAGAAUGUUUCAGCAUCAGAGGAUUUGUUGGAAGAAAUAGAAUCUGAGCUCUUAUCUGCAGAGUUUGCAGAAGAAAAUCGAGUGCCAAAUGGGAUGAAUAAAGGAGAACAUGCAUUAGUUCUCUUUGAAAAGUGUGUGCAAGAGAAGUAUUUGCAGCAGGAGCAUACUAUAAAAAAGUUAAUUAAAGAAAAUAAGAAGCAUCAGCAGCUCAUCUUAGACAUUUGUUCAGAAAAAGACAAUUUAAGAGAAGAACUUAAAAAAAGAACAGAAACAGAGAAGCAGCAUAUGAGCACAAUUAAACAGUUAGAAUCAAGACUAGAGGAACUUAAUAAAGAAGUUAAAGCUUCCAAAGAUAAACUAGUAGCUCAAGAUACUGCAGCUAAAAAUGCAGUUCAGCAGUUACACAAAGAGAUGAGCCAACGGAUGGAACAGGCCAAUAAGAAAUGUGAAGAGGCACGCCAGGAAAAAGAAGCAAUGGUAAUGAAGUAUGUAAGAGGUGAGAAGGAAUCCUUAGACCUUCGAAAGGAAAAAGAGAUACUUGAGAGAAAACUUAGAGAUGCAAAUAAGGAAUUUGAGAAAAACACUAACAAAAUUAAGCAGCUUUCUCAGGAAAAAGGACGGUUGCAGCAGCUGUAUGAAACAAAGGAAGGUGAAACAACUAGACUCACCAAAGAAAUUGACAAAUUAAAGGAAGAUAUCAACUCUCACAUCAUUAAAGUAAAAUGGGCACAGAACAAAUUGAAAGCUGAAAUGGAUUCACACAAGGAAACCAAAGAUAAACUCAAAGAAACCACAACAAAGUUAACACAAGCAAAGGAAGAAGCAGAUCAGAUCCGACAAAACUGUCAGGAUAUGAUAAAAACAUAUCAGGAAUCAGAAGAAAUUAAAUCAAAUGAGCUCGAUGCAAAGCUUAGAGUCACAAAAGGAGAACUCGAAAAACAAAUGCAAGAAAAAUCUGACCAGCUAGAGAUGCAUCAUGCCAAAAUAAAGGAACUAGAAGAUCUGAAGAGGACAUUUAAGGAAGGUAUGGAUGAGCUACGAACACUGCGAACAAAGACAAAAUGCCUAGAAGAUGAACGAUUCAGAACAGAAGAUGAGUUAUCAAAAUACAAAGAAAUUAUCAAUCGCCAAAAAGCUGAAAUUCAGAAUUUAUUGGACAAAGUGAAAAUUACAGAUCAGAUACAGGAGCAGCUUCAAAGAAGUAAGCAAGAAAUUGAACAUUUGAAGGAAGAAGUGGGAAGUCUUAAUUCUUUGAUUAAUGACUUACAAAAAGACAUUGAAGGCAGCAGGAAAAGAGAGUCUGAGCUGCUACUGUUUACAGAAAAGCUCACAAGUAAGAAUGCACAGCUUCAAUCUGAAUGCAAUUCUUUGCAGUCACAAUUCGAUAAACUUUCCUGUAGUGAAAGUCAGUUACAAAGCCAAUGCGAGCAAGUGAAACAGACAAAUAUUAAUUUGGAAAGUAGAUUGCUCAAAGAGGAAGAGCUACGAAAAGAGGAAGUGCAUACUCUGCAAGUUGAACUCGCUUGUAGACAGACAGAAGUUAAAACGUUGAGUACACAGGUAGAAGAAUUGAAAGAUGAGUUAGUAACUCAGAGGCGUAAACAUGCCUCUAAUAUCAAGGAUCUUACCAAACAACUUCAGCAAGCACGAAGAAAAUUAGAUCAAGUUGAGAAUGGAAGCUAUGAUAAAGAAGUUAGCAGCAUGGGAAGUCGUUCUAGUUCAUCAGGAUCCCUUAAUGCUCGAAGCAGUACUGAAGAUCGAUCUCCAGAAAAUACUGGGUCAUCAGUAGCUGUGGAUAACUUUCCAGAAGUGGACAAAGCCAUGUUGAUUGAGAGGAUAGUUAGGUUGCAAAAAGCGCAUGCCAGAAAGAAUGAAAAGAUAGAAUUUAUGGAAGACCACAUCAAACAGUUGGUGGAAGAAAUUAGGAAAAAAACAAAAAUAAUUCAGAGUUACAUUUUACGAGAAGAAUCAGGCACACUUUCUUCAGAAGCAUCUGAUUUUAACAAAGUCCACUUGAGUAGACGUGGUGGUAUCAUGGCAUCUUUAUACACAUCGCAUCCUGCUGAUAGUGGGUUAACACUGGAACUGUCUUUGGAAAUCAACCGAAAAUUACAGGCUGUUUUGGAGGAUACAUUACUAAAAAAUAUUACUUUGAAGGAAAAUCUACAAACACUUGGAACAGAAAUAGAACGUCUUAUUAACACCGGAAUGAAUUAGAACAGAGGACGAAGAAAACCUAAUGCAAAGCUCUUGUCAGCAGCAGCCAAGAGCAAACAGCAGCAGGUGCUGCUGACCGUUGUUGCUGGACGUGUUUUCCUGCUUUAUGUCAGCCAGUCAAAAAUUUGUUUUACUCAUCUGUAUAAACUACCCUUUUAUAAAUGGGUGCAUUGCUGUGUAUGCUGUAAAAGUGUAAGCUUUGAUGAAACUUGUUUUUGUAUGAUACAGUUUAGACACCCGCCACUGAAUCUAAACACUUUGAUUUGCUCUUAGUCAUAUGAAGUGCUAAGUAUUACCACAAGAGCUUUUAAAAACCCCUUCUCCACAGUUCUUCCCUUUAAAAUCUAAUGUCAAAAAUGAUUCACGUUUUUAAAAUUGUGCAUGAAAAGACAGAUGACAAUCAC